AGUAAUUACCUGUCAUUAAAACAAAUUAAAUAAAAUGGGGAAUUGCCAAGCAACCCAAGUCACGGCGGCCGUGGUGGUUCAACAUCCAAGAAAAGACGGCAAGGUUGAUAAAAUGUACUUGCCGGUCCAGGCUAAUGAAGUCAUGAGAUCAAACCCUGGCCACUACGUCGCACUUGUCGUAGAGUCACCUAAUGUCAGUGGUAACGUUGUUGUGAAACAACUUAAACUUCUUAAGCCUACUGACAUGUUGCACAUUGGUCACGUCUAUCGUCUCAUCACCUUUGAAGACGUUAUCAAAGAGUUUACAACGAAGAAAUCUGUGAAACUAGGGAAAUUGCUCAAGGAAAGUGGUGUUUUGCCUGCUGACAAGGGAUCUAGUAAUAAACUCGAUCAAACCCAGACAGAGAAAGAUGGUAACGAGGCUGGGAGCAGCAGCAGCAGCAGCAGCAGUAGCAGCAGCAGGAGGAGCGGUAGCAGCAGGCGAGGAGGUAGGCAUCAUGGUGGCGGGGGGCAUUGGAAGCCUGCAUUGCAGACCAUCUCUGAAGUCUGAAGUUGAGAAUUAAUCACCCUUUUCUUCUCUGCUUGACAACUACACAUUUAAUUACAAUCAGUUUGGCUUUAUAUUUGAACUACAGUCUACAGGACUAAAGUAAUUGGGUGUUCCAGUUAUUUUGUACUUGUAUCAUGCAAGUAGUAUACUAGUUGUAUACUAUAUUAAUAUUAAACCUGUUAGUUGUUCUGUAUCUUGGAAGAUAUACUAUGUGGUAUGUGCUACUUUUGCUGGCCAAAAUCAAGAUGUCUUAUGCUGCUAUGCUAUUGUUUUCUUCAAUUAUUUGUCUUAGGAAAUUUGUCAGGGUGAGGGUAAGGGAUAGCUCAAGUGGUUAAAGUUUCCUUCCCGAUCAUCGAUUCUCAUCCCCGCCCUUGAAGCUCUCUAAAUACCAAAAAAUAAAAAAGGGAAUUCGUCAGGGUGCGUGAUGAUUUCAAUUGGAUUUAGCUUGUGGAGU